AUGCAUUCAAGAGAAGCUUUGGCUCUUGAGAACGGUGCCAAGUAUAGAGGUGAGCAGCUUACCAAUGGAGGGUCGUUCAAAAUAGAGAUGAAUGUCGACAUCGUUGACAUCGAACAAGAGUUUAUCUGCGGGACGUUUGAGAUACACAACCUUACCGAUAGAUACGAGCUUCUCACGACGUAUUUUGAGGGCGAGAUAGUCGGAAACAUCUAUCCAUUCACGAUGGAGGAGUAUUCGAUGGCAAAUCCAGACAUAAUACACUGGAAGCUUUUCCCAGAAUGGAAAGGAGAAUAUGUCUAUAGAAAGGGAUCGUAUGAUAUAAAGAAGAGUAAUUUCAUGUACAUCAAAAUCAAAGAACUGUUCUUGCUGCCCGACCCCCGGCUUAAAACCAUACCCGGGGCGUCGAUUGAUGGGCACUACUAUUGCUGCUACUACAAGAACCUUGACUGCUUUGCAGGGCACUAUUAUUACAAAAACACGUCGAAUCUAAUAUCCCAGCAGGUGCUUUUGGACAGAGUGUUCUUAAGAAAAUCGAGGAGCAGGUCAUUUAGCAAGUGA